UGUUGCUAGGUGGAAUUACGUCACAUCGCACUGACUGGAACGCAGCGAUGAUGGUGUGGCUAUCAUUGCCGCCGUUUCAGUAGUAGUGUGUCAACAUUUCCUCUCCAGCUUCUCCCGCAUGGAGUUGCGCACUGAUCCUGUAGUUACAACCUUGGACAUGUCGGAGAGUAAAGACAUCGGAGAUGGCAAGUCCUUGGAAGAUGAUGAUGACUAUGAGAGUUUGCCACCCACUGCUUCCUUGGCGACACACAUGACAGCAGGAGCCGUGGCAGGGAUAUUGGAGCACACUCUGAUGUACCCCGUGGACUCUGUCAAGACCCGGAUGCAGAGCCUGCAGCCAGACCCCAAGGCGCAGUACCGGGGCGUGUACGAGGCGCUGUCCCGGAUCGUGCGCACCGAGGGGCUCCUGCGGCCCAUGAGGGGCCUGAACGUCACCAUGCUGGGGGCCGGCCCUGCCCACGCCCUGUACUUCGCCUGCUACGAGAGGAUGAAGCGCUCGCUCAGCGACAUGCUGCAGAACGGGCGCAACAGCCACAUCGCUAACGGAUUGGCGGGCAGCUUGGCCACUGUUCUUCAUGACGCAGUGAUGAACCCGGCUGAAGUGGUGAAGCAGCGCAUGCAGAUGUAUAACUCCCCGUACCGGGGCCUGCUGGACUGCGUGCGCACCGUGAGCCGGGCCGAGGGCAUGGCCGCCUUCUACCGCAGCUACAGCACGCAGCUCACCAUGAACAUCCCCUUCCAGGCGGUGCACUUCAUCACGUACGAGCUGAUGCAGGAGCAGCUCAACCCACGCCGCAGCUACCAGCCCACCAGUCACAUCCUGUCUGGAGCAGCCGCGGGCGCCGUGUCCGCCGCCAUCACCACCCCGCUGGACGUGUGCAAGACGCUGCUCAACACCCAGGAGAACGUGGCCCUCAGCUCCCUGCACAUCAGCGGACACCUCUCGGGCAUGGCCAACGCCUUCAGGACGGUCUACCGGCUGGGCGGCCUGCCCGCCUUCUUCAAGGGCCUGCAGGCGCGCAUCAUCUACCAGAUGCCCUCCACCGCCAUCGCCUGGUCCGUUUACGAGUUCUUCAAGUACUUCCUGACGCAGCAGCAGCUGGCCCGUGCGGGCGGCGUGGGGCCCUCCUGAGGAGGGCGGGGCAGAGCCCAGGGCCCCCGGGGCGAAGCGCGAGGGCUUUGGGGUUUUCAUGUGUUUGUCAGUGUUGCUGUGGUGUGUGACUUAGUGUGUUCACCACACCCAAAGGAAAGGAUCUGGAAGUCUAGCGCAUGGGAGAUGGUCUGCUGACUCUCAACAGGUCUCUCUUCUGCUGAGAUUCAACAGGUCUCUCUUUCGCUGAGACUCAACAGAUCUCUCUUUCGCUGAGACUCAACGGGUCUCUCUUUCGCUGAGACUCAACAGGUCUCUCUUUCGCUGAGACUCAACAGGUCUCUCUUUCGCUGAGACUCAACAGGUCUCUCUUCCGCUGAGACUCAACAGGUCUCUCUUCCGCUGAGACUCAACAGGUCUCUCUUCCGCUGAGACUCAACAGGUCUCUCUUCCGCUGAGACUCAACAGGUCUCUCUUCCGCUGAGACUCAAUAGGUCUCUCUUCCGCAGAGACUCAACAGGUCUCUCUUCUGCAGAGACUCAACAGGUCUCUCUUCUGCAGAGACUCAACAGGUCUCUCUUCUGCAGAGACUCAACAGGUCUCUCUUCUGCAGAGACUCAACAGGUCUCUCUUCCGAAGAGACUCAACAGGUCUCUCUUCUGCCGAGACUCAACAGGUCUCUCUUCCGCCGAGACUCAACAGGUCUCUCUUCCGCAGAGACUCAACAGGUCUCUCUUCUGCAGAGACUCAACAGGUCUCUCUUCUGCAGAGACUCAACAGGUCUCUCUUCUGCAGAGACUCAACAGGUCUCUCUUCUCCUCCCACCAUCACUCCCACUUUUUAUUUCUUUAUUUGUGUUUUUAUUUAUUCUGUCAAUGUGCUGUUAUGAAACACAAAAAUGAUGUAAUAAUUACAUUCCAAAGCCUUUUAUUUAGGAAGGGAACAGCAAAACGUGUCUCUCUGCAUAGCAGGCGUGUGCGUGUCUGUGUGUGUCUGUAUGUGUCAUAUACAUCCUAUAAAAUUCACCCACUACACUUUCUCACAACCCUCCAAUCACAGUCCACGUAAUGACUCCGUAUGUACGUCCAGAAGAAUGUUUUGUUUAUAUUCAUCCAUUUGUUUAUAGAUUUGAAAUUGAGAACAUUUUAUUUAUUUGACUUACUUUCUCGAGCUAGCAUUUCAUGGUUCUGGAAGAGACACAGGGUUAUUUUUUACCAAUUGUCUUUACCUUAUUGCGCUUUGUUUUGUGAAGGUACCCCUAAGACUGAUCAAUUCACUCACAAUCGGAAAGCAUUCAUUAUCCUCGCAUAUGCGUGGGUGAAAUAACUGUCUCGUACAUUUUGUCUGAAUCUAGAUAUAGAAACUUUGAAGGGAUUGUCAUUUUCUUCUGAGCAUGUGUGAGCUACAUGCCCUAAUCACACCGCACACACUAGCAAAGUAUUUUCUCCUGCCUUUCUCAUUGUGCUUCCGUUAAAUUGGCAUUAGGCCAGUAGCGGCCAUGCCCUUUUGUAUACGUUUCCUAUAAAAAUCACGCACAAUUGUUUGUUAUUGCAGAUGGUGUAUUGUUCUAUAGCAUUGCAGAGGAAUGUGACUGUGAGGUUUUGUUGUGAAAGCUUGCUGCAGGGCACCAUUUUAAGCAGGCCUGAAAAGAGGAACUUUUCUAAUGUUGACGCUUCAUGCUCACACCAAAGGGGGGCACUGGUGCGGCUGGCAGGAACGGGCCUGUGUCACAGCGCCGAAAAAAACAUCUGUGAUGUUUUCACGUGAAUGUCCUUAAAUUUGAAUCCAUAUCUCGUGUGUUCGUAUUGCAUGUAAAUAUUUGCUGUCUAUUAAAAGCUGUUGUGCCCGGAUCAUGACCGAGGUGCCUGGUGGGUUUUGCUGCUGGUUUUCUUGGCUCUGUGGCUGGCCUGCAGCACUUGCAUGGUGCCGUGACGCGGUCCAGCUGGCUGGUUCAGCAGGCACAGUGUGGGUUGAUGGGAGUGGGACUGGUACUGGUUCCCCGGCACUUGUUUCUGCGAUCCGCCCAGCCUCUCCGCACUGUGUCUGUCCCCUCAGAACUUUCCGCUAAAUAUUCCCCCAGUCAAGCUCUGUUUCAUUGCUUUAAAUGAAAUGCUUCCUUUUUAAAAGGAAAAUCUGUCCCAGCAAGGGUGUAUAGUUUUCCAACAAUAUUACCCACAACAAUAUUUAUUUUAAUGCUCCACUUUAUCGUACCGUGUGUAUGUGGGUGUGAACAAGUGUGUGUGUGCAUGCAUUCAUGUGUGUGUACAUUGUGCUUGCAGAUAUACAGCUUUAAGGGGAUCAAGAUUUGUUUACUUUGUGUUUUUGAGUACAGAGUAUAUACAUUUGUAUUUAUGUUGUAAAGCAUUUAAUCUCACCUGCCCAUGCUUGCAUAAAUAGAAUAUACUAUAAAUACUAUAGAAUAUAUAACGUCUUGUACAAAAAGUGAACAUUCUGGAAAAUAUAUAUUUUUUCUAAAUAACAAAUAAAAUAUGUAAUAUAUUUUAUUGUAUAUUUACCUAUAUAUUGUGAAGUGUAAUAUCUCGAUAAUAUAUUUUAUUUAAAUAUAUUUUCAGUAUAUUCCAUUUCUGUAAGAGCAGCAAUGGGCUCUCACUCCAUAGGUGUCUUGGAUCUAAAUAACUUUCUGUGCUUGCUUUAUUUUACCAUUCCAGUCACUGUCCACUUGGGGGCAUGGUGCCUUGUCUUAUGUGUGCACAUGUUUUGGCUUGGGGCUCACAUGUGCUUCAGCACCAUAGUCAGUGUUCAUACACCACCAUAGACAGUGGCCUUUUCUUUUUCUGACUUACACAGAGAUCUGGGAACUGAGACUUUUCUAGAAAAACUUUGUUUUAUACUUUCCAUUUUAUUUUAUUUUUGGGAGGGGGGGGGGGUGUUGAAUUGUAAAUUGUGGUUGUAAGCCUCUUGGAUAAACCGAUGGGGCCUUAUGCAAGAAUCGAAUGUACUCCGCUCCCAAGGAGACGGGUGUGUGCUGGCUCGUAGGAAAGGCUUCGAUGUUGUUUUAGCUUGUUUCGCUUAAGAAUGAAAUGCACCUUGUUUGCUGAACCUUGAAUCAGAAAUGAUAGUGAACUGCAAAUGUUUAUUUUCCUGACAGUCAAUGAACAUGUGCAUGAGAAGCGUUUGUAGUAGUAUGUUAAAAAGAGAACCUAAUGAUACAUUUAAUGUACAAUUUGUUCCCAUUUUAUUACCAGAAUCUAAGACCUUUUUUUUAUUGCGGCCAUUUUGACAUCUUUAGUACCUAAUGAUGCUGGGCAAAGUAUACAUUCAGUGAGCACUUUAUUAGGUAUUUAGACUUAAGUCCUCUGCUGCUGUAGCCUAUCCACUUAGUGGUUUGAUGUGUUGUGUAAUCAGAGAUGCUCUUCUGCAUACCACUGUUGUAACGUGGUUAUUUGCGUUACUGUCACCUUCUGGUCAACUUUGAACAGUCUGGCCCUUCUCCUUUGACCUCUCUAAUUAUCUCAUGCACGCAGAAGUGCUACUCACUUUUUUUGCACAAUUAUCUGCAAAAUCUAGAGACUGUUGUGCAUGAAAAAUCCCAGGGGAUCAGCAGUUUCUGAGACUCAAACCACCCUGUCUGGCACCAACAAUCAUUCCACAGUCAAAGUCACUUAGAUCACAUUUCUUCCCCAUUCUGACAUUUGGUCUGAAAAACAACUGGACCUCUUGACCAUGUCUGCUUGCUUUUAUGCAUUUAGUUGUUGCCACAUGAUUGGCUAUUUAAACGUCUGCAUUUAACAAGCUGGUGUACAGGUCUACCUAAUAAAGUGGUCACUGAGUGUAUAUCCUCAGCCUAUUUCAGAUUUUAUUUCAAAUCACAAGAUGUUUUGGCAAGACUAACAUUUUGUUGAAGAAUCCUGCCAUAGAAAGUACAUGUUUCUACGCUAUCUACAGUGGUGUGCAAAGAUUUGGGAGUCCAUGGUCAAAAACCCUUUUACUAUUAAUAUCUGUGAACAGGAGCAACCCUGACUUCUAAAUGGUACAAAGUUAAACAUGACACAUUGCUUCAAGAUUAUUUUUUAUUCAAGAUUUCUUUUUUUUUUAAAGAAAAGAAAAAGGCCCUGUGCAAAAGUUUGGGAACCCUGUCAGUUAGUGCAAUGCCUCCUCAGCCAAAUAUAACCACUUGUAAACACUUCCUGUAGCCAGCUAAGAGUCUUUCAGUUCUUGCUUUUCAAUUUUCCCCCAUUCUUCCUGGCAGAACACCUCUAGCUCAGAAGUAUUCUUCAGCCUCCUUGCAUGUACGGCAUGUUCUCCACAGAUUUUCAAUAAUAUUCAUGUCAGGGGACAAUGGUGACCAUUCCAAAACCUUCAACCGUCUUUCCUGAAGGUACUUCAUGGUUUAUUUUGAGGUAUGCUUUGGAUCAUUGUCUUGCUGAAAUACACAACCUCUCUUCAACUUCAGUGUCUGGACUGACCUUUGGCCUUUAGAAUCUCUUGAUAUUUGGUGGAAUCCAUUCUUCCUUCCACGCGCACAAUAUUUCCUGUGCCCCCAGCUGCCGCACAACCCCAAAGCAUAAUGGUUCCACCUCCAUGCUUAACAGUGGUGUUAAGCAUGGAGUUCCUAAUUUCAUUAUACUGACCUGACUCAUUGAACCCCUAGCGAGUAAAUCACCUGGGUCUCGGCCUUAAUAAUUGGGCCUUAAUUACCUGGGUAAUAAUAUUUUUAAAAAGUAACAAAAAAGAAUCAAAAAUGGUUCCCAAACAUUUGCACCUGGCCCCUGUCCUCUUGUAUAUUAUUUAUAAACUGUUAAAAAUUAAAAUAAAAAAAGCAAUCCUGUUCAUAGGCAUUGGCAAUACUCAUGUUGUCAUACACGCCUGAUUAAUUUCCUUAAUUCAGGUGGACUGACUGGAUUAACCAAUUGCUGUCAGGGGAAACCAAGAAGCAAGACACUUAAAGCCUUCCUUCUAACUUGACAUUUAAAAGGUGUAAUUCCUAGAAAUAUGCAAACUGUGCUGUACAUUGUUUUGCCCUUUAUGUUUAAGAGAAAUUAAGAACUUUGUCUGCGGAAUUGUUUGUCAUGUAACAUUUUUGCCGCUUUCCUGCGCACAAUGAAAGGAGGGGGGAUGAGUUUGAUGUUAUUUUUUAAAUAUAGAGUGCCAUUUAGAGAACAAGGAUAUUUUCCAUUUGCUGGUAAAAAUGAGAUGCAGAUAUUUCACGAUUGUGGUAAUGCUGCUGCAGUUUAUAACACUGGAGCUGAAAUAAAAGUACUAAAUAAUCAUG